AUGAGAUACGAAGACUGGGACGUGCUCCUUUUCCCAAGGGACUCAAAGGUCCCAAUGAAGGAGUUCAAGACGCAAUGCCACGUGGUUCAUGACAAUGAGUUCUCCCUCUCCCACGGAUCCUACGGCCUGCCAACCAUGACUUGCUUCAUGCCAGGCCUGCCCACGGGUACCUCUUUCAACAUCUCGCUCCACUGCUGGAAUAUUCCCGAGAUCAGCCAAUUCACCAGGAACGCUUUCAGCCAGCAUCAUGAUUUGGUCAAGUUCGAAGCUCGAGUCUUUAUCGACAGCCGAAUGGUUGCCUCUGCCUCGUUCAAGAGGACUGGCCCAUGGCCGCAGUUGCUCAACCAUAGCUUUGAGUUCACCAAAGGCGGCGAGCUCCAACAGUUGAAGUUUCCUUCGUUCCGUAGCGAACUGCUUCGCCAAAGCUAUUGGAGCCCUGCCGACGAACUCGGCCGUAUCAAGAUCGUCAUCAGUGAAGGCUUCCCCCGCGACUCCCUCACCGUCCCGAUGGAACGAGUCAAGAACGUUGUUGCCUUCUCCUUCCAACAUGCGCCUCUUGACAUUCUCGAGAGUUCUGCCAUCGCAUGGCCAAACACAGCCAUGUGGCGUCGCGGCCCCUUCAACCCAACGAUGCCAGUUCCCACCGAGCAUCCCAGCGACGGCGCCGACUCCCACAUACACUCGCCCCGCCGUCGCUCAGGUCCAGACAGUAUCUCAUCAGGGUACAACACACAGGGUCUGACCGGAGCCAACAUUAUCGGCGCGAUGCCCAACACCCAGGCCUUCCUUCAACAGAGCACUAUGACGAGCACCCAUGCCCCGUCAAUCAGCAGUUACAUGGAUCCCUUCAAUACUUCCAAUUCCGAUGCCACUUCGCAAUUCGACUGGGCAAGUGGUUUUGGUGCCGUUGGUCAUGUUCCCACCGCCACACUUCAUGCAUCCAAGGCCAGCAAAGGAGCCCGGGGGGCUGGCAAGAGGUCAAACUCUAACGUCGACAUGCUUGACUUGGGCCAAGGCUUCUUCCAGGGCAGCCAGGCUCAUGAGGACCGCGACUUGAACUCCAUAGCUAUGCAAGUACCGGCCAAUACCCCAACCACCUUGCAGGGCCAAGAUUUUGUAGAGCAGCUUCUGGCAGAGUCUGAUGACACAGCUGGCUUCCCUGCCGAUCUUGCCACAACUCUAACAAACUCUCUGUUGAAUCAGCCAAUGCCAAUCUCCGCCCCGACAGCUUCCAUUCCGCUUCCUUCUUCUGCGGUGAAGUCCCGAAAGGAGAAUUUAUUUGGCGACGCAACCAGUGAUAACACGCCAAUUCUUGGCUUGGACCAUCUGGAUAUGCGUAGAGUCUCGCAGUCAGUGCUACCUUUACAGCCUCGGAGCGGUGAAGUGAGCUCAACCAACUCGCCGCCCAGCUCCCGAACAUUCUCGGGGGUCUUCUCCAACGGAUCUGGCUCCGCUGGUGGCGAUUUUGGGGUCAAUCUCACCAAUGUCAACACUGUCCCAUCUUUUACACACCAUGGUACUGAUGCGGACACACCCGGUGCGACUGCUAGCAGUAAUGACAAGAGUGUGAAACGCAGUCGGAACGCGACACCUCCGAGCACACGUGCCAUUGAUGAGGAAGAUGAACCGAGAAGGUCCACUCCUCGUGUUCGCAUUGGCUUUGGCGAAGGAAUGGCUGGUUGA